AUGGUUAAGGUUGAAAUAAGCAUUCUCUCAUUGUAUGGCUUCAUUGCCGGAGAUGACGAUAGUCAAAGCAGCUCCCCAAGUCCUGGACAUGGUCAAAACUCUCCAAGCCCUAGGCGUUACGGCCAAGUCACCCCAAAUCCUCGAUUCCAUGGUUAUCAAGCUGGUGGAAGCUCCGGCCGUAAUUAUGAUAGCCCCAAUCAUGGACGUGGUACAGGUCAAAACUCCCCAAACCCUGGGUGUUACGACCAAGUCACCCCCUAUCAAGGAAGUGCUCAAUUUUAUGGUUAUCAAGCGGAUUACGCCGACGGAUAUCAAGGAAAUCUAGCCGGAAAUCCUCCUGGUUCUGGCGGUUAUCAAGGAAUUGGUAAUGUAAACUCCGGUGGUUAUCAAGUGAACCAAAACAGUUAUGAAAACUCUUGUGGUUACUAUCAAGGAGAUCAAGUGAUUAAUGGAAUCCAGAUGGUUACAGUCCUUAUCAAGGAACUCAAGGAUGAAGAGGACUAG